AUGAACUCAUGCUGCUGCUUGCAUGCUGAAGCACUGGUUGCGGCUAUCAGUUUUUUGAUCAUACCCAUGCAUUGUAAGGCUCCUCCCGAAUACAAAGUGAACGAGUAUAAGGACGGAAAACUUCAGGCCAUUGGAGCUCGUCAUCUCAAUCCAAAGUUUGCCGUUCAUGCUGAGAAGGUACUCUUCCUACCAUUUUUUAUUGGACUGCUAUUAUUAUCGCCCUGA